CAAAAUCGAAAGUAAAACCAGAAAACUAAGAUCGCUGGUCGCAUUAAGUCUCGUUACGUUACGCUUGCCACUAUGGUUGGAUAAUGCAUUCAUCUCUACAGUGAAGGUAGUGUGCUCUUGUCCUGUCUCAGUGGGUUUUCUGUCUCUAAGAUGAAGCAUCUCUGUGGGAUGUUUCUCCUUCUGUGCUGCACCAAAGUGACCAAAACAGUGGUUCUUAAAGUUGUGGCUCCACUCAACCCUGUCCUCGGUGUAGUUGGUGAAGACCUGACUCUGCCCUGUUACCUUGAGAACAAUGUCAGUGCUGUGGACAUGGAGGUGCAGUGGCUUAUUGAAAGGACCAACACACUGGUGCAUCAGUACAGAAGACACAUGACCAAUCAAACUGAUGAGCAGCUUCCACAAUACCGUGGCAGGACCAGUCUGUUCCUAGAAGAGCUGCAGAGGGGAAACAUCUCACUAAAGCUCAGAUCAGUCAGCCUCUCAGACACAAACAUAUACAAGUGUUAUGUCAAAGAGGGUCCUCUGACUCUUGAAGAAAAUGUUAAAGUCGAAAUUCAUGAGUUUGGAAAUGAACCUGAGACGUCUGCUGUGAGUCACAAUAACGGCAGUGUCACUCUGCUGUGUGUGUCCACAAACUGGACAACUAAACCUGCAAUUGUGUGGAUGGACGACAAAAGAAAUAUCCUUGCAGGAGAUUUAGAGUACUGCUACAGCAAUGACACCACCCUCUAUGUCCAAAGAAGUGUCACUGUGCAGAAGAAGCAUGGAUACAGCUACACAUGCAGAGUCUCAUACCGGCACCACAGCAAAGAGAAGCUGAUUGAAGUGGAACGGGGCUGGUUUGAUCAACCUCGGGACCAUUGGAUUCUUUUUGCCCCAUUGUGUCUUGUGAUCCUCAUCUUACUCUCAUUGUUGUUCUGUCAAGCUAAGAAAAAAAUGGACAAACACAAAGUUUUGCAGAUGUACAAAAAAUUCCAGAACUCUGAUUCCAGGGUCUUUUCCUUUUACAAUGAGCCUUUGAUCAUUCACGGUCACAGAGAAAUGCACAUUGGGGAGGAAACACCCAUUUCCUCAAAGAAGAAUUAUAAGGAGAUCAAAGUGGAGGGGAUCUUUAAAAACCAAAACGGCCAUCUGGUCAUUCUCCAGGGUGAACCUGGAUAUGGCAAGUCUCUCACUGCAAAGAAGAUCAUGCAAGACUGGGCACAAGGAACCUUCUACUCAGACAUGUUUGAACUGGUUGUUCUCCUGAAGUGUGAUGAGUUGGCUCUCUCAUCACAGAUAAAAAGUUUGUUGGAGCUCAUAAAUGAUGAUCAAAAGUACAAAUCACUGAUUAAUGACAUUCUAGCGGAGUCACCACACAAAGUACUGAUCCUUAUUGAUGGUCUUGAUGAAUUUACUUUCACUGAGGAAGAAGAGAUAAAAUCAUUUCCUACAAAACCACACACCCCAGCCCCAUCUAAAGCUAUUCUCUGUGGCUUGUUGAGUGGACUUAUGCUACCUCAGUCCUCCCUGCUGGUCACCACCAGGCCCUCUGCCUCUGACAGACUAAAUGUUCUGCUCAAAGGACGCACAUGGAGAUUUGCUGAGAUUCGGGGCUUCACAGAACAGGGAGUGGAAAAAUACUUCAAAAAGUUCUUUAAUGGAGAUAAUAUAGGUGUGUUCCAGAAGGUGAAAAAUAAUAAAAUGCUGUUCACCUCCUGCUUUAACCCUUUUUUGUGCUGGAUCACCUGUACAGCUCUGAAGAGGUCAACUGGAAGCUCAGAUGAGCUAGAUAACGUGGGAACAGUAACCUCCAUAUUUUGGGGAUUUAUUACUAUUCUUCUGCAGAAGCAGCCACAAGGUGACACGAGACUGGGCCUCCUUAACCAACUCCAUGAACUAGCCAAAGGAGUGAUAGAAGAAGGCAAAGCCGAGUUUAACUUGAGUGGCUCUCCACUUAAAAAUUGGAACUGUGUUUUUAGGAAUAUUAACACUGACCAGAAGACAACAUACAGAUUUAUACAUCAGAGUUUUGUGGAGUUCUUCUUUGCUCUUGGCUAUGCCAUCCCAGGGAGGGAAGAGCCACAAAAGAUUGAGGAACUCCUGAUUUCAGCACAGAGUAACGUUUUAAAUUCAGAGUUUUACCUUCAGCCUGUUCUGGAGUUCCUAUUUGGUUUGUCAAAUGAGGAAGUCAGAGCCUCUCUUUGCAGCACAUGUGGACUUGAAUACCCUACAUCACCCCAUCAAAGCUCAUUCUGUCUUCAGACUCAGUUGAAGCAGUGGAUCCUGGCUAGAAGGGACAUCUUUUUCAGCCAUAAGAGUUUUUUUCUUUUUCCAUUCCACUGUCUCUAUGAGCUCCACAAUGAACAGUUUGUGGAGGAAGUCAUGCAGCUCUUGGGGAAAAUGCGAUUCCCUUACAUCCCCUUAACUCAUAGAGACUGCUUGGUGAUAUGCUAUUGUCUUGAAGCAUAUCCCUCAAUCAAGAAACUGGAUCUCAGACACUGCAGCCUCACAUCAGAGAAGCUAAAACUACUGCAGCCUGUGUGGGCUACGUUGGAGUGUUGUACACUUUGGAUAACUGCUGACGGAUUGGAUAACACUGACAUUUUUGAGUUGGUGUCAUCUCUGGAGGGAACCCUUUCAAGCCCAUCUAAGCUGAAUGAACAAAAGUCUGUGAAUUUACAAUUUCUGUCAGUGAAGAGCUUCACACUAGACACUGCCUCCAAUUUGUUAAAGGUAUUCCAAAGGACAAAACAUCUCUUCUGUAUGAGCCUGGAAAUGGAUGAGACAGCUGGUGCUGACAGUUUCUGCUCCUCCUUCUCUGCAGAAAGAGAUGAACUCCUUUUCACUCUGACGGUUGGAUACCAUAAAGCAAAACACAAAGAUCCGCAACCCGAAAUCCUCCUCAUCACUCUCGUCCUGCCUGCUGCUGAGGCUCCCAGAGAGGCAUCAUCUGAGCCUGCAUAUGACUGGGCAAAGUUAGGACAGGAUGUCCAAAGCCUAAGGCAGGGGAAUAGUCUGCAACAUCUUAUUCAUGAUCUGAAAAGGCUGGACAUUGGAGUGAAUUACCUGCCACAAGACUGGGCCUCUAAUAUCCUCAGCUACAUACAUCCAAAUAAAAAUACUCAUUCCAACCUAAUGGACAUUAAUGUCUGGGCAGCUGAUGAGACAAACAAUAAUGGAGCAGGUGCAUUCUCUUCUCUUAAAUUGAAAAGAGUCACUGAUGAAACCUUCAGACUGGAAACGAGAGUCUCAGAGGAUAAGAAAAAUCCAGAAGUAUCCAGACCUCACAAACAUGCAGACCUAUUACGCACACUGCCAGAAAUUGCGGGGCAGCUGAGGAGACUGGACAGAACAAACACAUCUAGCACUGUCUGGAGAAGAGCUGCUGCACACUCUCAUCAGCCCUGUACGGAGACAGAUGGUGGAUGGCAAGUUUUACAUGACUUUCAAACAAAACUUUCCAGUUUGAUAAGAAAAUUGAGCUCAGAUGAGUCAACCAUCUCUCUCACCUUACCGACCGCAGAAGUAUCCGACCAUGAUAAAUCUUCAGACCUCAUCAGCAAUAUCCUCAGAUUAGGAGCUGUACCUGAAAAGUACAAAGAAGAACCGGAUGAGAGUGCACAAGGUUUCCUCUCCAUAUCCAAUAUGGAAGACAUUAAACUGAGGGUGAAGUGUAUCUCUGAGAGCUUGGCUACAUCGAUCCUCUCCUUCUGCAUUAAGCAGAAGAAGAUGCUUAUUUCCAUUAAGACCCAGUCAAAUAGACAUGUGGACAGUCUUUGUUCAAGACUCACUGUGGAAAAAGAUGAGAAGGAAUUCAAGUUGUCAGUUAUGGAUGGACGAAUGAGCUCAAGCCCUUACACAGCUCCUGCUCUGUCUGGCAUUAAUCUCCAUUCAGACCCAUUAGUGAACAUGGACUGGCAACGCUUCUGUAGGACAUUUUACACUCUCAGAAGUAUAACAAAGAGCAAUACAGAUGUGGAUGGCCAUGUUGGUGAUUUGCUGUCCUCUCUGUCCUGUCUGCGUGGUUUAAAGACUGUAGACUUGUUUAUGAGCUACUCGAGUGACAGUCUGAAAAACAGCAUUAAGUCCCUUAUGGAACACUGCCCCAGCAUACAAGAAACCAGGGUGUCAUGUGGUGAGAAUGUUCAUUUCAUGGACAAACCUGUUUGGUUAGGACAUGGUGAACACGUUAAUGGACAGUUUGGUUACACAUGCACAAUUAAAAGGGACGAUUUGUAGCCUCCUCCUCAUUCCAGUCAUUCCAGUUCCAACCAGCCUGUAAGACUGUAAAAACGGAGGACUUGGGCGAGUCUGAUGCCAAGUAAUUACAGAGUUGUAUAAUCUUUUUUAAUCAAUUUUCCGUCAAAGGAUUCCCGGGACACUGAAAGACCGGGGAGAACGAAACUUGGUGGGCAUGUAGCCCCACAAGUAGGCCCACCCAUAUCGAUACCGCAGUACUCAAUAAUGUUAUUGCAUAUCGCAUGUUUUCCUAAUAUCAUGCAGCCCUAACGUACACAUACAUAAAGACACACACACACACACAUACACACAAAGACACGUAAACACACACACACGACACGCACAAACACGCAGACAAACACAUAAACACACAUACACACCCUCAUACAUAUG